GUCGGUCGCCCGUGGAAUGACCCUUGCCUUCUCAAUUCACCGCACCAGGAAGACCACCCAAACCUUCCAUCAUCCAUCGCCCAAGUUGCAAUUUCAGCUAAUCGAAUCUUGUAAACUCUCUGAUCUUCUGAAUCUAUCAUGUUUUGAACCUCUCCAACCAAACCUCACCCAACCAUGCUCGUUCUGUUUCUCAGAACCCUUUUCUUCUCAAUACACCAAUCUGAUCCCAGACUUUGAUAUCAGUAAAUAAAAAGCGAGGAAGAAUAAGGGAUAGUAAUUAUUCCACGCGAAAUUAUGUCAAGGAAUCUCCUUCAGGCCAUCCAAACCUCACUUUCUCUCUCUCCAACUGCGAGCCCUGCGUCGAAUACCGGCUUUCGAGGUCUAAGAUCUAUCUUCUCUUUGUCUAAUUGCAAUGGUUUCUGGUACGACGCCUUCCUUGUCGUUCCGUCGGUUUUGUUUGUCCUGUAUCUGGCGGUCCACGCGAAGAAGAACCUGAAGAAACUUUAUAAUGGAGGAUCUUAUGUAAUGAAAUCAUGUUAUGCCCUGCUUUGGGUUGCUACUCUUUUAAACCUCGCUUGGUGUUUAUUUCAGGCAUGGCAGUGCUCUCCGGGAAAGGACGUUGCAUGGAAUUUCCUUUCAUUAUUGACGGCAUCUGGAAUUCUUUGUUUGGAGAUAAGCAUGAUGGCUUUUCUUCUCAAGGAUAAUUAUAUGAAUGGGAUUGAAACUCUGGCGCACACUUUCCUUGUAUCUGGAAUCAUUGUCGUUGUGGAUACUCUUCUUAAGGCAAUAUAUGUUUUUGGAUUUGGAGUCCCUUUGUUCAAUCGUGAUGUUGGAAGCUUACAUAAGAUCAAGUGGGGUUUGUUGAUAAUUCACAAAUUGUUGCUUGCCGCAGCAUAUGGCUUCAUAUUGUUCGUACAUUUCUCUAAAUGGAGAGAGAAGCUGCCACCCAGACCAGCAUUCUACAACUAUGUUGUUGCAAUGUUUGUCUUUAGUUCAAUUGCCCUGUUUGCCUGUGGGCUAGCAGUGGUUGGGGCUGGCUUGGGCAGUUGGAUAUAUGAUCUCACUGUACUUUGUUAUCACUCUCUAUAUCUGCCAUUUCUGUAUGUAACUUUUCUUGAAGAUUUUUUCCAGGAGGAAGACUUCCUUUUGGAUAAUGCUUAUUACUCCGAGAUGAGAGAUGCUGGAUUCUUUGACGCUGACUGGGAGUAAUUCCUCGACAACCUGUAAAUGGACAGCCAUCUUUUUAUCUGUGUAGUGUGUAAAUAUUUUUAGAUUCCUCUUGCCUUUUAUGGCAGGACAAACACCCCCCCCCGGGGGGGGGGGGGGGGAAUUUAACAGAACAAGUGUGCCUGAACGAAGCUUUAAUUUGAAUGAACCCAUUUACUCUUUUAA